AUGUCAACACGCCAAAAUAAAAAGCGGAAGAAUAAAGUAAUACGCGAACGGACGGUCACGACCCUCACUGGCGCCGAAGACGUGUCGGACCCCUCGCUGCAUCCACCUGCAUCAGCCUCGUCGUUUCUCGGACCACAAGCGACUGAAGACCAGCUCGUGUCCUCUCCGUUCUCUGUCGCUUCGUCCUCUGGAGGGAAUCCCAGUCUACCUUCCGCCGGGUUCCAAAUGCCUACACCCUUCUCUAGCUUUGGAUACAACCCCAAUAUGCCCGGUAUGCAGCUUCCGUACACUCCAACUCAUUCCCAGUUCUUUCCCGAUCCCUCCCUUCCGCCUGGUCGUAGCGACUUGGAAGUGCUCGAACGGCUCAAGGAAACCAUCAGACGGAACGAACACGAGAUUUUUCGCCCUAUACCUCAGCCGGCCGCUCUCGCCAGCGUCUAUAAGGGCCCUCUAACUUUUCCGCAAUCUACUGUACCUCCCCACCCCGAACAAGUUCCGCAGAACUCCUUCCAGUCUUCCUCUGCGUCCUUUUCAAGGCCUGGCUUUGAUCGUCCACCUCAGCAACAGCAACAAGGCACCGAUAAGGCACCUGAAGGCUCUUCUGCUUUGUCCGCUGCAGGUUCUUCUGGGAAUCUGGGUCGCUCUCGGAAUGAUUCAAUUUCUUGGGAGUCCUCUGGCGCAAACUCGAGAGGCCCAAAUAAUCCGCCAAACACGUCCAUCGCGAAAGCUGUUGAUGGCAAAGAGUCGGCCAAUGUAUGUCUUGUUCGAACUUUUUGA